AUGACAAAGGUAUGUGUCUGUAUUUAUAUUUACUUGUGCAUUCUGGUAGUGUUUCCCUUGGUGGAUUUGAGCAAGAGCAAUCAAGCAGAUGCUAAGGACACUUUAUGCACUGCAUGUACCUGGAGGGAAAGCACACAAUUGUCAAAAUUAGAAGCUAUAAAAUUCCAGAUACUUAGCAAACUUCGACUUGAGCAGGCUCCGAACAUCAGCAAGAAUGCUAUAAAAUACAUUUUACCAAAAGCUCCACCAUUGCAAGAUAUGAUAGACCAAUACGAUGUUCAAAGAGAUUCUAGCAGCGAUGGGUCACUAGAAGAUGAUGAUUACCAUGUAACCACUGAAACAGUCAUCAUUAUGGCAACUGAACCUGAAUUUGUAGCUGACAUGACUGAGAAACCAAACUGUUGUUUUUUUAAAGUGAGCUCCAAAAUCCAGUUAAAUAAAAUAUCAAAAGCACAGUUAUGGAUUCAUCUGAAGCCUGUCCAAAAGUCUACAACAGUUGUGGUGCAAAUCUUAAGACUCAUUAAGCCUUUGAAAGAUGGUUCAAGACACAUUGGAAUCCGAGCAAUAAAAAUUGAAAUGAGUCCAGGACCUGGAUCUUGGCAAAGUAUAGAUGUGAAAACUGUGCUUCAAAAUUGGCUGAGACAUCCUGAAUCCAAUCUAGGCAUUGAAAUUAAAGCAUUUGAUGGAAAUGGAGAAGACCUUGCAGUUUCCAACAAUGAAAAUGGACUGAUGCCAUUUAUCGAAGUGAAGGUGACAGACACACCAAAAAGGUUUAGAAGAGAGUCUGGCAUUGACUGUGAUGAGCAUUCAACUGAAACUAUGUGCUGCCGUUACCCACUAAUAGUAGAUUUUGAUGCUUUUGGUUGGGACUGGGUUAUUGCACCCAAGAAAUAUAAAGCAAACUAUUGUUCUGGAGAAUGUGGAAUAGAAUUUUUGCAAAACUAUCCCCACAGUCAUGUUGUUAACCAGGCAAACCAGAACGGUCCUACUGGACAAUGCUGCUCCCCAACUAAAUUGUCUUCUAUUAACAUGCUUUAUUUUAAUGAAGAUGAAGAAAUUAUUCAAGGUAAAGUUCCAGGAAUGGUGGUUGACCGUUGUGGGUGUGUAUAA